AUGAAGUGCAUUCAGUCUUCACGCCGUGAGCUGAUGCUGCGUGGGCUGGAUGACCAGGAGCUCCCGAAGGGCCAGGCCUGUGCCCAGAAGCAGCUGCGCUUCAUGGACAAGCUGCUGGAUGCAGUCCAGAGCCUGACCAUUGGAUGCUCCAGCAUGAAGGAGCUCUCCAGGGACACCAGGGAGAAGAAUGAGGUGCUGCUGAGGACGGUCUUCUCCAGUCCGCACCUGCAGACACUCCUGACCCCUGAGUGUGGCUCAUGGCCCCUGGACGUGCAGCCCAUCCUCAACAAGCAGAGUGAUGACUGGCAGAGGGCCAGCCCCUCUCCCGACUCGGAGGAGGCGAAGGUGGCGGAGCUGGUCAGGCAGCUACAAGAGAGUGCUGCCAAACUGCAGGCUCUCAGAGUGGAGCAUUUUGUGCAGCCCAAGCAAGGAGCUGCCAGGAGUGCUGCUGACACCACCACCCUGGAGCAGAAGCUGCGCCUGGUCAUCUCUGACUUCUACCAGCUUGUCGUGGCUUUCCUCCAAGUCUACGAUGAUGAGAUGCGUGAGUGUUGCCAGCACCCAGGCCCCUAUCUCCACCCGUGUGGCCCCAUCGUCCAGGCUGUGUACCAGACCCUGACUUCGUGUAGCCAACUGUUGAAAGCAGUUACAGAGGUCAGUGGCGCGUCGAUGAGGUCAACUGCGGAGAUGGCGAAGCGGCAGCACGGCGAGCAGAUCUGGUGGGACAGUAGCAGUGCCUUGAUGAGUUUAGUCACCAAAAUGGAGGAACUAACCCAGAAAUACAAGAUCCGCAAUGACAGUCUGCCCAAAGGCACGGAGUAGUCGGGGAGUACGAA